AUGACGAUACCAGUGGAGGUGGUGGAUCAUGAAGUUGUAAACGACAGUGAUGAACAAUGUUUUCAGGGGCUUUCAUGGUCCUCACGGAUUCAGGGUUACGUACUCUUCACGGCAUUGGGAUUUUUCUCUUCAUUUAUGGGUUGGGUCUCCUUGGGCAUUGGGUACUAUUGGAAGUACUCGGUUUUAUCUACCUUGGGGUCUCUCAUGUCUUUGGCGAGUACUUUUAUACUCAUGGGUCCCCGCGCGCAACUUAAUUACAUGUUUGAUGAGUACCGCCGCACUUCUUCCCUGCUCUACAUUAGCUCCUUGAUUAUCACUUGGAUUGUCGCUAUCGCCUAUAAGUCCGCCCUCCUUUGUAGCCUCUGCGGUUUGCUACAAUACGGAUGUUUAAUAUGGUAUUCUCUUUCGUACGUUCCAUACGGCCAGGAAGCUGUCUCCGGUUUUAUUGGUCGUCUCAUUUUUCCCCGAUAG